UCCAGGGCUCGGGGAAAAAAAUCGAAGCGAGGAGGAUCUGGUAACGGUACGCUUUGAGAAAUAUCAUCCAUCCGAGUCGCUAUCGAAGGGCUCGGCAGGAAUUUACAGUUCAUUUAAAAAGGUUAAAGGUCACAGAGCAGGGUUGUGGUUGUCGUCAUGGCGUCUGGAAGUACGAGCAGCGAGGAGGAGCGCAGCCUGAGGGAGUGUGAGCAGUACGUGCAGAAACACAACAUUCAACAGCUGCUGAAGGACUGCAUUGUCCAGCUGUGCACCUCCAGGCCGGACAGGCCCAUGGCCUUCCUCAGGGAGUACUUCGAGAGGCUGGAGAAGGAGGAGGCCAAGCAGAACCAGCAGAAUGCCGGCAGCUCCCGCUCAGACUCGCGUGAUGAGGAGGUGUCUCCACCCAUGAACCCCGUGGUCAAGGGUCGCCGGCGGAGAGGAGCCUUCAGCGCCGAGGUCUACACGGAGGAGGACGCCGCCUCGUAUGUCCGAAAGGUCAUUCCAAAAGACUACAAGACGAUGGCAGCCUUGGCCAAAGCCAUCGAAAAGAACGUGCUCUUCUCACACCUGGACGACAAUGAGAGGAGUGACAUCUUUGAUGCGAUGUUUCCAGUCACCUACAUCGCCGGGGAAACAGUUAUUUUGCAGGGUGACGAAGGUGACAAUUUCUAUGUCAUCGACCAAGGGGAGAUGGAUGUGUAUGUGAACAACGAAUGGGUGACCAGCAUCGGGGAGGGAGGCAGCUUCGGCGAGCUGGCCCUGAUAUACGGCACCCCGAGGGCGGCCACGGUUAGAGCCAAGACCAAUGUGAAGCUGUGGGGCAUCGACAGGGAUAGCUACAGGAGAAUACUUAUGGGAAGCACUUUGAGAAAGAGGAAGAUGUACGAGGAAUUCCUCAGGAAAGUGUCCAUUUUAGAGUCUCUUGACAAAUGGGAGCGCCUGACAGUCGCUGACGCUCUGGAGCCCGUCCAGUUUGAGGACGGACAGAAGAUUGUUGUGCAGGGAGAGCCGGGAGAUGAAUUCUUCAUCAUCCUAGAGGGCUCUGCAGCGGUGUUGCAGCGUCGCUCAGAGCACGAGGAGUUUGUGGAGGUGGGGCGAUUAGGACCCUCUGACUACUUUGGGGAGAUCGCGCUGCUGAUGAACCGCCCCCGCGCCGCCACGGUGGUCGCCCGCGGCCCCCUGAAGUGCGUGAAGCUGGACCGGCCUCGCUUCGAGCGCGUCCUGGGUCCCUGUUCAGACAUUCUCAAACGUAACAUCCAACAGUACAACAGCUUCGUCUCGCUGUCCGUCUGAAGGGGGGGCGUGUCUCUCUCCCCACCCCCACCCCAACCCCCCUCCCCCUCCUUCCACCAUCUCCCUCCUUUCUCCUUUUUAUUCCCCGGGUCCACCAAUGCGAUUUGCUUUUCUUUCCUUCUUCUGUUCCGUUUGCUUUCCUCCCUUUUCUUUUUCUUCUGAUUUUGUGUGUGUUUGUUUCACACACAAAAGAUAUUUAAGUCGUCGCCACGCGUCCCACUGAGGUGACUUUCAGCCAUUCACCAGCGCUUGUUACCAGCUGCUGUACCCGCUACCCUGUAUGCACAGUCACAUCCCACGUUACUACCUAUGUUCUCAACGUACUCGCUGGUUACGCUUUUCUUUUUUCUUAGACUCAAAAACGCAAAAGCAGGAUUUGUGAAGGAGAUCUGGAAGACUUUAGGUUCUCAGACGGAUGAGACGGGACAAUCAAACUUUACACGCCGCUUUUUGGUGAAUUUGUUGCAGAUGUAUGUCGAAAAGGGUCAAAGAAAAGAAAAAAGAUUUCUUCUUCUUACCCGUUAAAGAGUUUUCUUUUUGACUCUGGUCAGUCUGAUUAGAUCAGAACCUAGAAACUGUCCAAAAAACAACAAAAAGAAUAGGAUCACUUUACAUUUUAUCAGAUGUUGUUAAGGUUUUAGCGAUAUGACCGAUGUGCUACUUUCGUUGUUUUUUUUUGGUGCUGUGAGACGGCGACGAGUCCGUUUCUCUUAGUCGGAGAGAGCUCGUACAACUCGCGGUUAUUUUAUUGUGCCAAAUGUUUAUUAUGGUCACAACAGCAAACGAUGCAUUGCCGCGAAAGUGCAAAUUUGGAGCUCCAAACAGGAAGUAGUUAUUACCCAUAGUGUCCUCCUUAAUCUGUGGAACGACCAUACGAGAACUGCCUUGACUAGGAGAGAAAAGAAAGGGAAAUAAAAACACACACAAGAGUAUUAAGUGUAUUUCAGUAUUCAAUUAUUUUUAGUAUAUACCAAAUAACUUGGUUACUAUGGUUUGUAAUCAAAAUGUUAUCAUAGUAUAGUUAAAAAUGAUCAUAGUUCUAUUACCAUCAUUGAUUAAAUGAUAAACUUAUGGUUUGGAGUGAUGGUAAGCUUAAAAAGAAAUAAAAAUAGGUUUAACUGUCUUUUGUAAACACUUAUUUUUCCAUAAAUUCUAUUUUAGGUGUCCAGUGCCACAAAGUAAAAUAAAUGCUCCUUCUUGUCAGCUGACAAACGACAGUAUGUAAAUCAUAUUGUGUCUAAACGUCACGGGGUUCAAACUUUUUAAAGAAUAGAUCAAAAUGGUUUAUUGAAGUGAAGUCUUUGGGGGGGGAAAGCAACGAAGGUUUAUGGAUUUCGGGACACCUGAAGUAUUUAUGUAUUAAAGCGUCGCAGGUGAGCGGAUAUGUAUUUAAAACUAGUGUCAUUGCUUAUUGCCUGUUUGAAAAGGUGGCUGUCUUUUCAUCAGAUUAGCUUGUGAUCUGUUCUCUACGCUUACUUGGCAUGAUGUUUUAGGCAUCCAGUGAUCCGGUAUGAAUGGAAGCGUGUAUUUAGAAGAAGAAGAAAAGAAAAAACGAGAAAAAAAAACCUGCAGUCGUGUGCAGAAGCAGGAACUUUGUCAAAUAUUUUGUUUGUUUCUCCCUCGCUUAACUGCUUCAUGACUAUUUAGAUGGCAUACAAUGUUUAAAUCUGUGUGUGUGUGUGUGUGUGUGUAUAUGUGUGUUUUCCUUUUUUUCUUUUUUAAAGAUCUUUACCAAAUCACAAAAUGUUGACUUUUGGAUUAUAGGCUUAACUCUUCAUUCCUGCCUCACUUGUCUGUUACCAGAAAGGACAUGGAACCAGUGGUGUGUCGGUCCCGGGCUCAUCCGGAGCACCGGGAUGCGGCUUGGAAUUGAGAUGUUUGUCUGUACGUCUGAAAAAAGAUUAGAUUUUUUUUUUUGGUGCCGAGUUUUGAAGGGGAGCCAGGUUUAGUGAGAAGACGUGAGUAAUAUGUUUCUUUACAGUUAAAACUGAUCAUCUUUCAUAUUUGAUCCUUAUCCUGACUCCGUUAGGCUUCACUCAACCUUUUAUCGAAAUAUUAUUGUUUUUGUGUAAAUAGCAGCAUCAUUUUGGGUUUUUAUUUCUCAAACGUUUAGCCACACUGCAAUUGUCCCGGUUUGCCUUAGCUUACCUAACCCGGGCUUACGGUAGUCGUCAAUCACCUCCUGCUAGCCCGAUCUUCAGUGAGUUUGUUAGGUCUGCAGCGCUGAGAGCUGCAGGCGAUCAGAGGACCAUUCUUUUUCUAUUCUACCCUGUGUUCAGUUUGAUCUCCUGUAUGUGCAAAGAUGUUUAUCCUUUUGGUAUAGAUUGUUCCAGAUGGCAGUUUAAGCAAUAAAAAAGUUUAAAAAGAUUUA